GGGGGGAGGGUGAAGUGGGAGGGCAAGCCUGGGCAGCUCUCAUUAGAUCUCGUUGUACAGAACUCGGUCGUCCUGAUCCAUUCAGUCGCCUGCCGGCUCUGCUCACCAGCAGGUGCUAUCCACCGAGGCUCUCGCUAGGCUUAACUGAGCCUCUAGUCCGACCUGUGCCUUGAAACUGACCCCGGUUCCUCCGACGCGGCUGCGGCAAAAGGUGCCAGCAAUGCCAGGGCUUUGGGAUCGCUUCUCGUCCUCCUCUUCCUCGCGGCCGUCCACUCCGGACCAGCCGCAGCAGCGCUCGGCCUGGGGAACGGCGGCCCGAGGAGAGGGGCUUGGCCGCUGCGCGAGUCUGGAAAGCUCCGACUGCGAGUCGUUGGACAGCAGCAACAGCAGCUACGGCCCCGAGGAGGAUACAGAGUACAUGGAUGAGGUGUCGCUGCCCGAUUUCGACCUGCUCAGCGACCCGGAGGAUGAGCACCUCUGUACCAAUCUGAUGCAGCUCCUCCAACAGACCCUGGCCCAGGCCAAGCUGGGCAGCAAGCGCCCAGCCCGCCUUCUGAUGCCCAGUCAGCUGGUGGCCCAGGUGGGGAAGGAGCUGAUGCGCCUGGCCUACAGCGAGCCCUGUGGUCUCCGGGGCGCCCUGCUGGAUGUGUGCGUGGAGCAGGGCAAGAGCUGUCACAGCGUGGAGCAGCUGGCCGUCGACCCCAGCUUGGUGCCCACCUUCCAGCUGACCCUGGUGCUGAGAUUGGAUUCUCGCCUCUGGCCCAAGAUCCAGGGACUCUUCAGCGCCGGGCCGACCUCCUUCACUCCGGGCUUCAGCCAGUCCCUUACACUGAGCACUGGCUUCCGGGUCAUUAAGAAGAAAUUGUACAGUUCAGAGCAGCUCCUCAUUGAAGAGUGCUGAGAGCCUGGCCUUGCUGCCUAGGUCCCCUACCCCAGGACAGUCGAGGGGGAACACAGCAGGCUGGCUGAGGUGGGGAGGGGAUGGAGCAUCCUUUGUGGAAAACUGACUGUAGCCGCCACUGGGGGAGGUUAGAGUGGGAGGGUCACCUUCUCUUUGGGGGGAAGGUCACUCACAGAGUCCUGAGGUGUGUGCAGGUGGCUAAUUGGGGAAAGUAGAGCUGGCUCCUGCAGAGGUAUUAACUUCCCCAGUGGGGGAUGGGGAGGAUGGAGGAUGGCAUCAGCAGAUGCCAAAGGAACAACCACAGUUCUCCCAACUGAUAUGUAGCAUGAAUUUCCUUAUUUUAUUGUUAUUAUUGUUAUUAUUACUGACAGUGAAGAUGACAAGUAGUGGGGUGGUGAUGUCGUGGAGACCAGAACUGAGCAGCUGGGCUGUGUUGGUCCUGGUCCAUUUGCAAAAGGGGGUACGUGUGCUUGUGUUUAACAAGGUGGGAGGGUGGGGGGAGUUCAUAGAGGAUUGUUCUGUCAUUUUUGUCCUGUGUGACUUAAAGCCAGGGUCUGAAGGGGCCAAGUGUGUAUGUUUUUUGGAUCAGCUUCACUACUACUGACCUUUUUUUAGGCAGCUAUCUUAGAGACUCACACGAAUGUAAGAACACAGGAAGGGUUUGGGUGUUGGGAUCUCUGUAGAUCUUGACACUUGGAGGGGGGGGAAAUGGGUGCUGGGGCCAACCAGUGGGGGGGGCUGGAACCCCCUCCCCAAAGUAGUGCCAUAUGGGGCUUCCAUCUAGAACCGUUUACGUGAAUACACUUGAUGUUCAAGUAUUAUUAAGACCUAUGCAAUAUUUUUUACUUUUCUAAUAAAAACAAGUUUGUUACAUA